CAGACCGAAGUUACAAAACGUUCGUGCGCCCAAGGGUAGAAUAUAAAGGGGAGUAAUUGCGAAAAAGCAUUUUGUGGGCUACGACGAAGACAUAACAGUAAAAGCCGGACCCUUUGCACCAUGGCUCUAAGGACAGCCGCCCUCCGCCUUCUCAGCUCCCAGAAAUGUGCUCUUGUCACUGCUUCCAGAGCUCAAGGGACAGCCGUUGCAGCUCAAGAAGAGUCCAUCAGGACCCAGAAACCUAAAAAGACCCCUAAGGUGCAGUUUAACUGGCAGGAUGCCUUAGACCUUGAUGGCCAGCUUACAGAGGAUGAGGUGAUGAUUCGAGACUCCUUCCGUAACUACUGUCAGGAAAAGCUCAUGCCACGCAUUCUCAUGGCCAACAGACAUGAACAUUUCCACAGAGAGAUUGUCAGUGAGAUGGGGGAGCUUGGUGUCCUGGGCCCAACUAUUAAAGGAUAUGGCUGUGCUGGGGUUAGCUACGUGGCAUACGGCCUCAUCGCUCGAGAGGUGGAGCGUGUGGACAGUGGGUACCGCUCGGUCAUGAGCGUCCAGUCCUCCCUGGUGAUGCAUCCAAUCAACGCCUACGGCACAGAGGCACAGAAGGAGAAGUACCUGCCCCGGCUCGCCCGAGGAGAGAUUCUCGGCUGCUUCGGUCUGACGGAACCCAAUCAUGGCAGCGACCCCAGCGGCAUGGAGACCCGCGCCAAAUACAACCCGUCCAGCGGCACCUACACCAUCAGCGGAGCCAAAACAUGGAUCACUAAUUCUCCGGUGGCUGACAUCUGCGUUGUGUGGGCCAAGUGUGAGGAUGGGAAGGUGCGAGGGUUCAUCUUGGAGCGCGGAAUGAAGGGCUUGGUCACGCCCAAGAUAGAGGGCAAGUUUUCGCUGCGGGCGUCCGCCACGGGCAUGAUCCUGAUGGACGAGGUGGAGGUGCCAGAGGAGAACCUGCUGCCCCACGUCUCGGGCCUGGGAGGUCCUUUCGGCUGCCUAAACAACGCCCGCUAUGGUAUUGCCUGGGGAGCCCUGGGAGCGGCAGAAUUCUGUUUCCAUGCCGCCCGCCAGUACACCUUGGACAGAAUCCAGUUCGGCGUGCCGCUGGCCAGAAACCAGCUGAUGCAAAAAAAGAUGGCUGACAUGUUGACUGAAAUCACCAUUGGUUUACAGUCCUGUCUCGCACUGGGCCGACUCAUUGAUGAAAAGAAGGCAGCACCAGAGAUGAUCUCCAUGCUGAAAAGGAACAGCUGUGGCAAAUCAUUGGACAUCGCUAGGCAGGCCAGAGAUAUGCUGGGAGGCAACGGUAUUGCUGAUGAGUACCACAUCAUCCGUCAUGUCAUGAACCUGGAGGCUGUCAACACAUAUGAGGGAACCCAUGAUAUCCAUGCCUUAAUUAUGGGGAGAGCCAUCACAGGACUGCAGUCAUUCACUGUUGACAAUUAAACCUCAAGAACACUGGACGUAAAGAACAAAAGAACCUCAGUGACAUUAAACGAACUCUGACCUUUUGAAGUGCCUCUGUAUGUUACCAUGUGCAUGUCACAUUAAAUGACUAGUAAUGUUUGAAA